CGUUAAAAGAAUUGGUAUGGAGUAACGUAAAAGUUGGUGUUAUUCUAUGCUUAUGAUGGAAAAAGAAUUAACUAACACAAUUUCAUUGGACGACAGAAAAUAAAAUAAAAUUGAAAAUAUAUUCAAUUCAGUUACAACAUAUUAGUAGGGCAUGUUAGAUGUUAUGUAAUAAUGUUUUAAGAGAGACCAAAAUGGUCAAGUGUCAAUGAUGGAAGGAACGGUUAUUAUGGGAUGUAGAAGCCACGAAACUUGUCAUGCAGAUCUCAAUUUGGAAAAGAAAACAAUAAAAAAAAAACAGUUAAUAGUAUUACUCAUAAAAAAUUAAUAAUAUUAAAUUAUUAAUAAUACUACCAUUUAUUUUCUGAUCAUGUAAAAUGUAAAUUCUCCUUUUUCACGUACACACGCAAAUUGCUCCUCUGCCUCCUCCACUAUUCAAAAUCUGCACUCUCAGGGAGAAAGAAACAUCACUGUCAGUGUUGUGUGUGUGUGUGUGUGUGUGUGUAUAUAUAUAUAUAGAUAGAAAGAUAUUGAGAAAAAGAAUCCUAAUUUGUUGAGGAUCAGGUUAAAUUUUGUUGGAGUGUGAGUGUGCAUGGAAGAGUUUGGAGAGGGAGAUGUUUUGAGGAGGAUGCAGAGGGAGCAAGAGAGGGAGAGGAGGAGAAUUCGCGACCGCGAGAGGAGGCAGGCCAUGACUCAGGAACAAAGGGAGCGCCACCUGGCCAGGAGGCGCCGGAACUACCAGCUAAGGAGGCAGAGGGCAGCAAAUAACAAUGCUGCCGGAUUCAUUCCUCUCCCUCAACCACCGCAGCCGCAGCCGUUUCUAGAAUCAAGUGCUGGUGAAGCCAGUACUAGUGAUGAGCUUCAAGGUGUCACCACUCCAUUAGACCAUACUGCCCUCUCUCAUCAUGGCAUUGCUCUCCCUCACCAAGGAUCAUCAUCAGUUCAUAUGGAAAAUCUAGCAUAUAAACCAGCCAAUUCAGCAACAUUGCGGCUAAAUCAUAUUAAGCGCCUCGCGCGAAGCCUGACAUCUUCAAUUGAUGACCCAGCAGCUGCUACUCAACAGGUUCCAGCUGAAUUGAUAACAAAGGAAGAUCUAUCAACUGCUGAUUGUGGUGGCGCGCAGAAAUCUCUGCGUUUGAAUUGUGUCAAGCGCCUUGCGAGGUCAAUAAAUUGUGUUCCCAAAGAGAUUGAAUCUCGGAAAAACUAUACUUCUGCACAAGAAGGGAUUCAAUUACUUGGUAAUGAGAGCUCUAUAGCCUCUAGUUAACAUCUUUAUGAAAUCAAAUGGUUCACUCAAAGCUUUCAGGUAAACUUGGAAGAUUGUAGAAACUGCUUUUUAGGUUUAUGUCAUAUACACAGAGGAAAAAGAAGAAAAGGCUUAUACUUGAAGGGUUUGGCUGCAGUAUGGUGUAUAAUGAACUGUGAUAGUCAACACCAACUUCACAAAUAGAAAUCCUUUUCAGCAUUCUUUCAUUUGUAUUUUGCAGCUACCAUUGUAGAUGAUGAUAGAUUUUUUUAGACUCAGCUUUCUUUUCUUGUUUACUAGCAUAUUAGACCAAUAUUCUUUG